GUAACCAAUUUUCAUUUCCAUAGCUCUUCAACCCCUACCCUUCCGGAUGAGAUACCGGAAAUCUGGACAAAGAAGGUCCAAGGGCUGAUUGAAUCAGCCCUAGCAUCUCAACAUGCCUCCUUUAGGCAAGAGAUAGAGCUAAUGGAAGCCAAACACACUCAGCUGAUAGAGAAAUCUGAAGAGAAACACAGCGCUGAUCUCAAGGAGAUAAGUAAAUCAGUAGAAAAGACUCUAGAGAUCAUCUCUCUAUUGAGUAAAACUGUGAGCAAUACGAUGGAAAUAUACACCUCUGACAGUCAACUGCAAUUCAAUGAAUUCAACAAAGUCAAGGAGCAAAUAGCAAAUGUCACAGUUGGUCUACAAAAACAGAUGUCCCUUCUCCAAAUGGACAUCAUAUCAGCCCUAGCAAUAGCUUCAGCAAACCAGCAACGAAAUCCGGAAAACUCAACACAGCACCUAUCCAACUCAGGACUGGAUGGAACAGAAUUUAUAGGUGCAGUCGUUGACCACUUCUCAGAUGCUGCUCAAUCAGAGGAAAGGCGUGCAAAUUUAAAGCGCAUCAAAGAACUGUGUGGGAAUAUGCAAGGCAUCAGUAAGGUUGCCGGAUCUUCAAAACGCAAAAGGAACUGAAGGUUCUUUUCAUCAAACCAGGGGGAAAGUUUAGUACUCCCUCCGUCCCACUCUCUUUGUCCACUUACCUUUUGGCACACCAUCCAAUGCACUUCUUUAAUCCAUUUUAUCUUGUAAUUUGUAUAUUAAAAAAUUAUAGAAAUUAUAUAUUAAUAAUCUAUAUGUUAAGACAAAUCAAACAAGAUCACACAUGACUAUAUUUAGGCUUACACAUUGAGAGAAUUUGAUGAGUCAAAAUGCUUAGAUGAAAAGUUCCAAAAGUCAAAAGUGGACAAAGAGAGUGGGACGGAGGUAGUAUUUAGUAUCUUUCCUAGUUUGUCUAAUUCUUCUUUUAGUAAAAAUAGAAAUUUCCU